AUGAGUUUUGCUGUUAACGAAACAGCAGCUGAAGACAUAAAUGUCAAUGCAAAUGAAGAAAUAAUAAGAACUAUAGGCUUUAUUUUGCUUACAUAUGGCUAUGUCGUUGCCGGUAUACUUCUUACAUCGGUCAAUAUCCCCGUUUUUCUACUUGUGGUGACGCGUAAAGCACUCAGAUACCCCUAUUUGGUUCUCGCGGUUGUUUUCUUUAACAAUGGAUUGACCGGAAUUUGUGCGAUAUUAAUUGGAACAAAGCGAAUAAUCGACAUUGCUGAUGGAGAAAAGCUUAUCGAUAACCACGAAUGUGUGCUGAAUGUGUAUACUUUUCUUUUGACAUUAUUUUUUCUGAAUGGUUGGAGCUUAUUGGUACACAGCUUAGAAAGGUUUUGUGUUGUAACAUUCCCAAUAUAUUAUUAUAAGAAAAGCACACGAAUAAGUCACGCAUUGAUUGCCGCACAAUAUAUAAUUACUAUCAUUGUGAUAACUUCUACAGUCAUUGCAAGUUUAAUUGAACCACCACGGCGCAUAUCUAAUUUUUGCAUGCUGCUAAACUCUUAUUCACCUCUAUUUUUUAAAGCAAUAAUACUUCUAACUUCCCUUGCUUCAAUGCUGAGUAUUAUCGUCAUGGUUAUUGUUGUUAUCAUCCUGAGAAAGAAUUUUGGUGCGCAGUUUUUUACAAAGCAUUCACAUAACCGCGAUUUGUCACAUUUCCUCGGUAAUCAAAAGCGAUACACUCACACAUCACUGAUAUCUUGUUGUUUUACAUUUUUUUUUGUGGUGGCACCAUCAGCACUGGAAUAUAUUUAUAUAAUGGAUUCUUCUAUAAUGUCGAAAAUCACUGUGCUGUGUUGGGCGUAUUUUCCCAUAUUGAAUUCCUUCAAUAUGGUAAUGCUGUUUUUGUAUCGUCAAAGGGAUUUUCAGCGUGCCGCAAUUCGAUGUUUCAAAUAUUUACUUUGUCAACGGAAACAAAUAGUCCAUCCAAUCGUAGUUGUUGGGUUUGAAAGAUGA